GGGAUAUCGUAAUGCAUAUGAAGCUCAAAUUAACUUUACCUACGAAAUAACCGUGUAAGGACUGAGGCAGAUUUAAAAUAGAUUUAAUUUAUGAAUUUUUGAUUAAUGUAUGUUGCUGCCAGUACGCCCACACAAAAGACUGACUUUGACAAUGACCAUUAUUUAUAUACAAUACAAUACAGCACAGCCUCGGCUGCAGAAGCAGCGGCGCUGUUCCUUCUUAUCACCACUAGAUGGCCACAGCAUAAACCGCUUCGAGUAAUGAACUUUUGUCCGAUACAAUAGUGCUGAAAGCUUCGCUGGUUCAGAACGCUUCUUUCUCUUCGCCAUUACUAUUUUAUACAUUAUAACGCGUCUGUUUGUGAUUCAUUAAGAACUGAGGAGCAGCAGCAGCGCGUAUAGUGUGCAGGACUCUUAUUUUGCCGCGUGUUCGUGCAGCGGAAGCGGAAGCGGCGCGCUGACCGUGUUUCUUCUGAGCGAUGAUGGCGGAUUCUGAUCAGGAGCAGGACGAUGCGGUUCUUCCAGCGCUGCCUGCACGUGCUUCCCGAGAGAUACGCGCCGUACGAGACCAGCAGUAUGUUGAUGGCGCUGCUGUUGCUCAGUCGUAUGACAGCGGCAUCGGUCAGGGAGCUGGACUGGAGUCUCACGGCGGAUCCACGUUCUGUGCCGUGGCGUCUCUGUGCACGAUGGGAAAGCUGCAGGAGGUGUUCAGUGAGCGAGAGCUGAAGCGGAUCAGACAGCAGAACGGCUUCCACGGCUGCUACUCCUUCUGGCUCGGAGCCACGCUGCAGGUGCGUCACGUCUCUGUCGCCUCAGGACUCGAACCGUGGGAUGAAGAGCAGAAUCACGGAAUCCAGGCACAAAAGCAGAGUUUACUGAAUAACGAGGCAUGCACUGCAAAAAAAUGA